CAGGUCAGCACUACAUGAUUGCCUGGUGACCAUGGAUGAAUCGCUCGACGAGCUCCACGCGACACUUGCCGACUUAGGCGAGUACCCCAAAACGAAAUCCUUAUACCAACAUGCCGACCACCUUAAAACCCUACUCAGCGCCGCCAUGACCAACCAAGAAUCCUGCCUCGACGGCUUCUCCCACGACCGCCACGACAGGGAGAUCCGAAACUCCUUCGAAACGGGUCUGGUUCGGGUCGAGAAGAUGUGCGCGAACGCGCUCGGGAUGGUGGUCAACAUGACGGAGGUGGACAUUGCUGCUAACGGCGUCAGCAGGGUGGAAGAUGAAAAGAAGAGUACUACUACUAAUGGGGUGUGGCCGGAGUGGAUGAAGGCCGGGGACAGGAGGCUGCUGCAGGCUUCGACGGUGACGGCCGACGUGGUGGUGGCGGCGGACGGGAGCGGGAAGUAUAGGAAGGUGUCGGAGGCGGUGGCAGCGGCGCCGAAGAAGAGUGGUAAGAGGUAUGUGAUAAGGAUAAAGGCCGGAGUGUAUAGGGAGACGUUUGAGGUUACCAAGGACGAUGGGAGAUGGGAGGACGACGACGAUUAUUACUGGGAGCAAGAAUGUCGUUGACGGGUCAACUACGUUCAACUCUGCCACCGUUGGCGGUGGUGGGUCAGGGUUUUCUUGCUAGAGACAUAACCUUCCAGAACACGGCGGGGCCCUCAAAGCACCAAGCUGUAGCACUCCGAGCUGGCGCUGACCUGGCAGCAUUCUACCGCUGCAACUUCCUAGCUUACCAGGAUACCCUGUACGUCCACUCCAAUCGCCAGUUCUUCCACAGUUGCAUCGUCGUUGGCACCGUCGACUUCAUCUUCGGCAACUCUGCCGUUGUCUUCCAGAACUGUGACAUCCACGCCCGCCGGCCGAAUCCGGGCCAGAAAAACAUGUUGACUGCCCACGGUGGUACCGACCCUAACCAGAACACUGGGAUCGUUAUCCAGAAGUGUCGGAUCGGCGCCACAUCGGAUCUCCUGGCUGUGAAGGACAACUUUGGCACUUACUUGGGGAGGCCAUGGAAGCAGUAUGCUAGGACGGUUAUCAUGCAAUCAACCAUAAGCGACAUAAUCCACCCUACGGGAUGGCAUGAGUGGGAUGGCAAUUUUGCCCUGGACACAUUGUUUUAUGGGGAGCAUAAGAACACCGGGGCUGGGGCGGCUACCAACAAGAGGGUGAAGUGGAAGGGGCAUAAGGUUAUCACUAGUGACACGGAGGCGGUAGGGUUUACUACUGGUCGGUUCAUUGCUGGAGGGUCUUGGUUGGCGUCCACCACUUUCCCAUUUAGUCUCGGAUUGUGAUUUGAUUUUGAUUAUUAAUCAAUAAUAGUAAUCAAGAUAAAUAGGAAUGCUAUGAAAUAAGCCAUUUGAGGGUGUAUUCAAUUCGAAAUUUUAGAGGACAGUUCUCUUUGUGCGAAUGGGAGGCAGGGUGCUCAUU